AUGCAACCGGUCUAACCUAUUGCAGAGGGAUAGCGAACAAAAAUCAUAUAUACGCUGAUUAAGGAUCAAAAGUACAGGGAGGCUAUAAAUUAUUUGAACUACGAGUUGCAAUUUUGUCCUAAGAGCAGGGCACUCUCUUUGCUUGCAUAUUGUCACUACAUGAAUUAGGAUUUCACUUCUGCGGUUGGGAUUUAUGAGUAAUUGGUGAAAUAUUAUCCUGAGAUCGAUGAUUAUAAGAUUUAUUUGGCCUAGUCGUAUUACAAGGAUAGUCUUUACGAUGAGGCUUUGAAAGUGUGUGCUUCAAUUGAGAAUCCACAAUAUUAGGGCAAGAUGGUGCAAUUGCAAGCUCUGAUUCGAUACGAGAAGAGUGAAUUUCAACACGCGAAGACAUUGUUAAAAUAAAAUAACAUGGACGAUCCAGACUCAGUCAUUAAUGAAGGGUGCAUUUUAUUCAAGGAGAAUAAGUUCGACGAGGCAAGACAACGAUUUCAGGAUGGAAUGAAUUUGACUGGUUACUCUUGUGAAUUGGCCUACAACAUAGCUCUGUGUUAUUACAAGUAAAAGUAAUUGGCUCAAUCUCUCAAAUACAUAGCUGAGAUCAUUGAGAGGGGAGUAAGAGAAAGACCAGAUUUGGGAGUAGGCUCAAAUGCAGAAGGAAUCGAAGUCAAGAGUGUUGGUAAUUCCUAAGCAUUGAAGGAGUCUGCUCUGAUUGAAGCCUUCAAUUUAAAGGCAGCCAUCGAAUACUCUAUCAAAAACUAUGAUGCAGCAAAAGAAGCCUUGGUUGACAUGCCUCCAAGAGAAGAGGAUGAAUUGGAUCCCUGUUACUUUGAUGAAUCAAGCCUUGAUGAACGUAGAGGAGAAAACAGCAGAGGGAUUUAAAAAGUUGAAUCACUUAUUACAAAAUCCACCAUUCCCUCCUGA